AUGGAUUCGCCAGCUACGUCAGACGUUGAUUCAAUACUGUCGAAGUCUAACGUGAUGACAAGCGCGCCGAGCUCGCCUCCCGGCGAGGCGUCCCCGAAACUCGAGGACAUCGAAUUGGUCGACGACAGUCUCCUCCAAGAAGAGGAGCAAGCCCGUGAGGACAACCUAAAGGCCGAGGCGGAGAGGCGCAAGGCGGCGUUGGCGCAAAAGAGGAAGAGGAAGAAGAAAGCUGAGACCAAGGCAGAAAGGGAAGCGAAGGCUCGCGAGCUCGAUGAGCUCCUGAUGAAGAGCGCCGCGUUCAGCGACAUUCUCACCAAGAAGACCCAAGUUCUGGGUCGGGUAGGCAGUGGCAUGGAUGGAAAGACGCUUGGCGAUCACAACCUCACCAUGGCCAGCCAGCCGAAGUGCAUGGUCGGAGGCACGAUGAGAGACUACCAGCUAGAGGGCCUUACCUGGAUGUUUGAGAUUUGUUCUCAGGGCAUGAGCGGCAUUCUGGCCGACGAGAUGGGCCUCGGCAAAACCGUUCAGACCAUUGCUCUCAUCGCGCUGCUCCGCGAGCAGGAGGGCUACCUCGGCCCGCAUCUGAUUGUCGCUCCGCUGAGCACUCUCUCCAACUGGAUGGAUGAGUUUCACAAGUGGACUCCAUCUAUCCCUGUGGUCAUGUACCAUGGAAAUCAACAAGCACGCGAGGAUAUUUUCAAGACGCGAAUGAUGAGAAACUUGAAUCGCGGACGUCCGACGACCAAAUUCCCCGUCGUCUGCACGUCAUACGAGAUGGUCUUACGCGACCAGCACAACCUGUCCCGAAUCAAUUGGGAAUUCAUCAUCAUUGAUGAGGGGCAUCGCAUGAAGAAUGCCGACGCAAAGCUAUUCCAGCAACUGCGGCAAUUCUCCUCGGCAACACGUCUUCUCAUUACUGGAACACCGCUUCAGAACAACCUGAAGGAACUCUGGUCGCUACUCCACUUUCUUCUUCCGAACAUCUUCACCGAUUGGGAGGCUUUUGAAAGUUGGUUCGACUUUUCAGAUCUGGAGGAUGAGAAGGGAACUGAAGAGUUCAUUGGUGAUCGCAUGAAACAGGAUCUGGUAAAGAAGAUCCACCUCAUCCUCCAACCACUCUUGCUGCGACGCAUCAAGCAGGAUGUGGCUGCGUAUUUGCCGAAGAAGCGAGAAUACGUCCUAUUUGCUCCCAUGACCAGAGAGCAAACCGACCUGUACAACGCAUUCACCGACAAGGAGAUUGAUACUCGCGCGUACCUCGAGAACAAGGUCGUUGAAAAGAUCAUGAGCGAGACGUCGACUGGUCGUUCAACCAGGGCUGCAUCUCCCUCGAGGGAGUCCACUCCAGCCUCGGGCUCCAAAGGCGCGAAGGGCAAGAAAUUGUCUCUGCCUGUUCGUCAAAGCCCGCGGUCGAAGAAGACAGAAGAUCGCACCGUUUCACCUGCACCGAACGCGUUCAGCCUCAUGAUGGGCAAGAGGGGACCUGGACGACCUAAGAAGUCGGCAGCUAGCUUACCCACUCCGGUGCAAACACCAGUCAAGAAAGUCGGAAAAGGGAAGCGCAAGAGCCCCCCGACAUCUGCCGUUUCCGAAUCCAAGAGUGCCAAGUCGAGCAGGGGCUCGACUCCAGUCACUACGCGGGGACGGACUCGCAAAUCAAGGACCUACAAGGACGCGGUGUCUGACGAGGAAGACGCCUUGUCUGAUGACGCUUUCGAGGCGAAGCUGGCAGAAGAGCUGGCUAGUGAUGAGGAAGAGGAGACUGUAGACACGAGAUCUCCAGAGGAGAUCGAGCUUGCCGAGACCCUCGAGCUCGCGAAAAAACAAAUUGCUCAGAAGAAGCUGGGCAACCCCUUGGCCCAACUGCGGCUGGUUUGCAAUAGCCCACACAACUUCUACAGCCCUUGGGCGACGAGCACCACAAUUCCGGUUGAUGAGUCCAUCGUGACUGCAUCCGGCAAGAUGCUGCUCCUUGACAGACUGCUGCCCAAGCUUUUCGACGAGGGCCACAAGGUCCUCAUCUUUUCGCAGUUCACAACACAGCUCGACAUUCUCGAGGACUAUAGCCGGGAGUUGCGCGGCUGGAAUGUCUGCCGCAUUGACGGAUCUGUGUCUCAGGACAGCCGGCGCCAGCAGAUUCACGACUUCAACAACGACCCCAGGCACAGACUUUUCUUGCUCUCUACCAGAGCUGGUGGACAGGGCAUCAACCUCGCAUCCGCCGACACCGUCAUCCUUUUCGACUCCGACUUCAACCCACAGCAGGAUCUCCAAGCUCAGGACCGCUGCCACCGCAUCGGGCAGACACGCCCAGUCAUCGUCUACCGACUCGCGACCAAGGACACCGUCGAAGAGUCUCUCCUCAUGUCCGCCGACGCCAAGCGCCGCCUUGAGAAGCUCGUCAUUCGCAAGGGCGGCUUCCGCACGAUGGGCCAGAAAAUGGACAACAAGGAGGACCAGAGCCUCGAUGCUGAGACUUUGCGCGCGCUCCUUCUCCGUGACGGCCUCGUGUACCAGACGUCCGGCGGAGACGGCGUCCUCAGUGACGAGGAUCUGGAUGCCCUUUGCGACCGCUCCGACGAGGCGUUUGAGAAGGCGGCAAGCGGCAUGGGCGAUGCGGAUAAGUACCGCGUCGUGGAGACGGGGGCGGAUUCCAUCAAAAUGGCUCGUAGGGACGAGAAGUAG